AUGUUUCUUCUAAAAGUUCCUUCGAUUCUCCUGCUUUUUAUAAACAUCACAUAUUCAAUGUACUAUCUGACCAAUUUUCAUGCUCACUAUCCAGACGCUCAUGUUAUUAUUGCUAACUGUAGUGAUACAGUGUCACUGGCAUGUCCAGUUGGAUUUGAGAGUAAUACAUCAUCAGCAGUACCGACAAUGUGGUUUCGUUUAUACGAGAAUGCUUAUCCUCAACCGUUAAUUCUUGGUGAUCGUCAAUUGAUUGAUGAUCAGCGUUUCAUGCUUCGAACACAGAAUACAAAUCGGCAUCUGGAAAUCAUUGGUGUACGAAAAGACGACGAAGGAUAUUACUUGUGCAAGUCAGGAAACGAAAUCCAAACAAGCUACAACAUAACUAUUCUAAGUAAUUCAUGUAUAGACAUUAUUCCUGAUCAAAUACAUACGAAUUCGGAUGAACCUUUUCAAAUCAUAUGUCGUGUACGGUCAAUCGAAAAUUCCGAUGAAGUUAAUUUUCAUGUCGAAUGGACACGUAACGAUUAUCUAUUAGAGAAUAAUUUGACUGAAUCUAGUUCAAAUUAUUCGUCAGCGGAUGGAAUUCUCUACGACACAUUGACUAUAAAAAACGCCACACGUAAUGACACAGGCAUAUACAAAUGUCGUUAUGGUCAAGAUUUAGUUGCAACAGCUCAAAUCGUUGUCAAUCAUUAUCCCGGCGGUAGUAAAUCACGUCGUUUAAUAUCACAAUUACGUGGUAACAGUUCAUUAUCGCGCGCAUCAUUACGAACAGUAAACUUUUGUUUUUAUAUUGUCUAUGAAAUUGUUCUUGUCGCACUUGUUGCACUCUCAAACACUUAUGAUGAAUUAGGACAAGUCGAUUUAAUAAAUCAAGUGUCAUCACGAAAGAAGAUUUACCAUACGCUGUUCGAUCGAGACUUGGCUCUGCUUUCUCUAGGGUUUCAAUCUGUCAAGUUUAUGAAACGUUGCAAAAAGUAUAUCUAUAUUUUCUUUUCGAAAUCAAUAAACAGACAUCGAUAUCUUCUUUUCAUCAGCAUGCAUUUGAUUGCCACUCUCGCUUUGGUAUUCUGCAUUUCAGCAGUCAACGUUCGUGCAUUAGAUUUAUGUAAAGGUUCAUCAAGUGACGCUCAAGAAGAGUUUCAGUGGAAACUUGAUAAUGCACCCAUCGUUGUUUAUGGAACAGCAACUGAAGUGAAAAACCAAAAUGUUACAUUUACCAUCAACUGCGUACUUAAAGGUUCAUUACCAGUCAACAAAAUCUAUCUCGGUCAACCCACCGAUGUGCUCAAUGUAACUGAAUGCCACUAUUUAGCACCAAACAGGAACUAUAUCGUCUUCCUCGAAUCAACACAAACCAUAGGAGCUGGCAGCACUACCAUCUAUAAAUUUGCCAAUAUGGAAGAAAUCGAAGUCAAUGCAAACACAGCUAAGAACUUCAUGGAUGAAGAAUGUGCUGACCAAGACGAUGAAGGCAUUGAAAUGACCAUGUUCUUUGCUAGUGAUAAACUUCAAUGUAACAAAUUCACUGCUACAUGCAAUGCUGCUAACAAAAAAGCAAUUCUUGCUCAAACCUAUCCACCAUUGACCACAGGAACAACUUUCUUAGGUGGAUAUAAAAAAGUGUUAGGUGUUCCAAGCGAAAAUGAUGCCGCUAUUUCGAGUAAAACCAACGGUGGUAUUGGCGAUGAAGUACGAAAUGCUGCAGCAAUGUCGACAAUCUCCAUAUCAAUGAUCAUCUCUUUUGUCGUUUUACUCAUGAAAUUUCGUCUUUAG